AUGCUGCACGCCUUCUAGCAUCCUCGCCAGGGUGUCUGCUCUUGCCUCAGUUAUCUGAGUAUCUCUUUCCUUCCUUCAAACCUCCCUCGCGGUCCCAGUGGGAAUCUCUUUUAUCAAAGGCUCCAGUUCUCAAGUCCUUCUGCGUCUACGCCCUCCUCUCCGCCACCGCCCUUUCACUACCCUGAUGUCCAAAUAUGAGUGAUACCGAAAGAACAGUGACUGUGGAGUCCACAGUGACUGGUCCUCGAUUGCACUCGACUCCCGACAAUACCCCUAACACAGGUCGAUUUACAAAUCAGGUGGUGCCAGGAUCUUCAGUGAGAUCGCUGAGAAAGCCUGUCCGCCUGUCCAAAAAUCCACGCCGACCAGCCCUAUCCGCCACGGAAUCGACAUUAUCAGGCUCAAGCACCUUGCCUUCCACACCUCUUGAUGACAUCCCUGAGACAUUAUGGCCACAAUGCGUAAUCCGCACAUCUUCAACCCCCGAGACGAGCGAUCCAGACCUCUCCACAGACCUUUCUAUGGAAGAAAUCACAUCAACAAGGCUUUCCGUUGACGAACAGGAGAUCUUGACAACCCUGCCGGAAGAUGUACCUAAGAAAGGAUGGACUUCGGGAAAACGCAUAACGAGAAGGGGGAUCACAGACAUCUGGGAAGAUCAGGGAGAUCGACUCAAGCAGUUGACUCAGAGACUCAAAGAUCUGCCUAACGGCUUCUUGACACUCAGGGGUCGAGGGUCACCACCAGCUUCCGACAAGGCAGGCUCACUACGUCCACGUAUCUCCGUUCCAAUGCUGCCGCGACCAGAGAUCACAACCGAGCUCUGCAUCCCCACGCCGCCAGACUCAACUGAUGGCAAGAAGGAUGAUCGACUAGGCAUGCUGAUGGAUUAUGAGGGGUACCCAAGGCAAGUAGAAUCGAGCGAAGAAGAGGCUGACAAGAUAUCCUCUUUGAUCCGAAGUGAUCUACAAGACGUCAUGAAGCAGGAGCGGAGCAAAGGGAUUGCAGUUCGAGUGCCUGGGGGUUAUGGGCCUGGGGGCUAUGAGCCUGAGCGUUUGCCAUCUCACUUUACCUCAGCCCCGACGUAUACGUUCGGAACAUCCUCAUCAACAACCGAUUUCGCCUAUACAGCAGAAGAUAGGCUACUUCGUGGGCGACCCUUGAGGCGCUUUGGCCGCCAUGCAGCAAGACAUUCGUUAACAGGAAGUGUGGAAGAGUUGCGGAGUCAUGCUUUCGGUACACGAAGGAUGAGCCGACCCUGCACAUCCAGCAGUAACCGCCACAGUGUUGCAUACACCCUUCGCCAGGCGUCUCGAUCAGGCUCAAGGCCGGAUACCAAGUCUGAAUCCGUUUCAUCGAUCGGUGGAACGACUAUCCCCCCUGCGCGAACUGUGGCAUAUACAGAUACCCCAAAGGCGUGCUAUGACUUCACCUGGGAGAAUACUCAACCAAAAAACGCUCGCCCUCCCACGUCAUCUACAGUGGCAUCUGCCUCAAGAAUGGAUAAGGAUGAAGUGUUGCCUCCGAUGCACCUUGAGCUCCGACUUGGAGGUGAUCUGCCAGGCUACGAUAAGAUUCCUUAUUUUAGCGCAGUACCACGACCUCACCAUGAAGCCCUCUGUGGCUCUGGCAUCGAAGACGUUGGAAUGCAUGCCUUGCUGAAGAACAACAGCCCGACUGUGUCAGAAGUCUCAUUGCAUGGGCGGACAUCUGUUCAAUCACACCUGGACAGAGAAGCCUUCAUCAAGGAUCAGAAUAGCGAAACUCCUAUGGAUACUCGUCCUCCCAGCAAAGGUCGUGGGAUGGUUUCCAAGGUCUUCUUCAGUGCUUGGUCGGCGCUACACGGCUGAAGCAGUAAUGUCACCUCACGAAUUGGGAUGGAGUAUUGAGGAGAGGGAAAUAUGAUUGGAAACGAGUAUUGACAGGAUGGUGGUGAAUGCCAGCAGUAAGGUUGCCGGGAGAAAGAAAUUGGUGAUUGACGAAGUGCUGCUCAUCGUUGUG